AUGACGACCACCGAUCGCGUCGCGCCCGGUGGUGAUGCGGGCACGGCGAACGCACCGACGAAGGACGCACGUUUACGCGCGCGAAUCGCCGAACUCGCCGCGCUCGGGCGCGCGAACGACGUCGAUGGUUUCGUGGCAAAAUUCGUGCCGAAAGACUGUGAGGUCGAGGACGUGGUGGAGUUUACUAGAUCGUUGCGCGAGGAUGGCGAGCGGUGGGAACUUUUACGUAGCGAGAUCGAUGCUAUCAACGCAGGCGCGCCGCGCGCGCGAUUGAUCGCGGGUGAUGAGAUGAAACGCGCGGAAUUUCGGUUUGAGAUGCCAAGGCGAGACGGAGAAGACCUGGUCAUCAAUCGCGAAGUCGCGUUCGUCAACUACGCCGAAGACGGCGAACCGAGCGACUGGCGAGCUGAGGGUUGA